GAUUGACCAAUGAAAAGCUGAACUGUUCCCAUGGCAACACACUGGCUUUUUAAGACUCUUACAGUGUUUUAACCUCAAAACUAUAUUUAUUUGUGAAUUUACUUACAGUCAUUAGGAGAUUCAAUGGCACAAAAUAUUUUGAUAUCAUCAGCUAGAAGAAGACACCCUAGAGUGCAUAUAUCAUCAAUGAAUAAGUUGAAAUGCAGAGGACCCAAAACAGAUCCCUGUGGAAAGCCAGAGAGCACUAUAAAAGAAGAUGAAAGAGUACCAGAAACAUGAACCUGACAUUAUCUGUUGGUUAAGUAACUAUGAAACCACUUUACAUAACCACCAGAAAGUCCAAAAGCACUAAGUUUUUUGAGUAGCAAGGUAAUAUGGAUUUUAGACGUGUGAGACAGGAACUAGUGACUGUUCCAUCUACUUCAGCCCCGUUUACAUUGAGUGAGUGGUAUCUAAACAAUCGUCGCCAGUACAGAACAGCAGAAGACCAGCAACAAGUUGCAGAGAGAGUAAUAGCAAAAUCUGACCUUCUAUGUGAUUUGAUUUCUGAUGCCACUAAAUACAAUAAAGCCGAAGUAGACAAAAAACUUGAAGAAAGAAUUAAAGACACUGAGUAUCAUAAGAAAGAAAAUGAAAUUAAAAAGAAAGAAUGCUGUAAAGAAGAAGAAGUUUUACUUACAUACAGAAGAAGGAUUAUGGAUGCUCUAGAAUCACUGAAAGAGCAAGCUAUGAAGAUUUGUAAGAAAUGUAUCAUCCUUAGGAAAGGCCGCUUAGGAAUUGAUCUAGUACAUGAUGAUGUGGCGCGUGAGUUGCUCAAAGAGGUACAGACAAUCGAAGGAGUCCAGUCACUGUUACAUCAAACACUGGAACAGGCUAAAGAGCAAAUCCGUUUGCUUCGUUCAGCAAAAUACUUCCUCGAUCGAGAUAAUGAAGACAAAGCCAAUGCCCUCAAGAUUGACAAACACUGUAUUAGUCUACAAGAGACAAGCUUGAAUCUCAGCAUGUAUCAUGGAACUGAAUCCCUUGAUCCUGUCAAUGUAACGAAAGAAGAAUGGGCACUUUUCUCCAACAAGUUAAAUGAACGUGCAACCAAGGAGGUCAACAAUGCACGACCUCUGCAUUCUUACAUUGACAUACUUUUGAAACAAGUUACAGAAGAUCUGUGGAAUCAGUUCAAUGUUACAAAUGAGGCAUUCAGACGUAGAAUUUCAGAAACCAGAGAAGUCAAACUUAAACUUGAAAAUGAACAUCAUGAGACACUACGGCAAAUAAAUAAAAUGAUGCGCAACAUUACUCGCCUGGAGAAGGCAAUAGCAGAAAAGGAAGGCUUCAUAGCAUUGGCUCACUCUCGUCUUGGCCACAGGGCACAGAGAUCUGCAAGUGAACGUACUAGAGAUGAAGUUCAAACAAGAUUACUGUCUGAAGUGCGGGAAUUAAGAGAUAAUGUCACAGCAUUGCAAGACAUGUUAUCAGAAGCACAAGCAUCUUUACGCUACUUGCUAAAGACACAAAUUCAACUGGAAGAAGAUAUUAACGUCAAAGCCAACACACUAAAAAUUGAUGAAGUCGACUGUAUGCCUCUACGAGAAAGCAUGGAUUAUCAUUUCUACUGA